GGCUGUGUGAGAGUGUCUGCCCUGUCAAGGAUCAGUACCACUCUCUAUUUCGCUUCCAUGCUGCGCGCGUUCCCAUAGCCUCGACGAGUCUUCUUUUCGAGGUUCUCUGCUGUUCAGGGCGCACCACCACCACCACACGCCAGAAUGCUCUUCGCUUUCACUGCAGCGUCGCUCGCAAUCGGCGUAGCUGCUGUUGCCGCGCAAGGCGGAGGAAACGCGUCCUUUGUGGAUCCGACGACUCAAGGCGGGAGCUUCUUCCUCAUGGCAACUGAUGGCCUUGGAGAACCACUCAAUGUGGUAAUCUCAGGCCUGAGCUCUCCAGAAGUCUUAACAGACACGGGGUUCCUUAACUACGCCCGUGCCGUAGGCUUUACCACAGAAUGCUUUAGUCUCACUCUCGGAACUCUGUUCACGGCCAACCUCGGCGACGGUAACGGCCCCCAAAAUCAAACUAUGGAGCUUCGCGAGAGCUUUGGCAAUGCCAUGUUUGGAGCUUGCAUCGAGAUGUUUUUGGGAGGCAACCACCUACGCAUGUUCCGGCAGGAUGGUCCGCAAGCCAAUACGAGUGCCCUCUUCCUGGCGACUUCUGCCGAAGAAGGCCUAUUCCAGAAUCAUACCAUUUCCGCCGAUGGCUAUGAUGUUGGCAGGAAUAUUUUUGCUAACAUGGCAGCUGGGAUGACACAAUUCAACGGGACAUCGUACAAUACUACCGUGCAGAACUUGACAGGCGUCUUGCCAGUCGGCAGCCAGGGUGUAAACCACGGAAUUGCUAUCGAUGGGAACGCAUUCUUACUCACGGUUACCACGGUGUAGGCUACUGUAUUCACACAUGACGGAAGUCACCACGAUAAAUCCUAAAUGAAUUUC